AUUUGCAUUUUAAAGCUUCAGCAUUCUCGGCAUUGUUUGCACACGUAUAUAUAAUGAAAAUAAAAAUAUUAACAAAGAUUUUUUUACCAUACCACUUGAAGACGCGAGGUGGCUUCAAAAGAUUGUAGUUAUAUAUCACGAAGAGUUUAGAAAAUAUUUGCUUGCGGAUUGUAGUAACGCAAUGAUAUCAACGAUAAACACAACCCGAGUUGGAUAUGAUUCAAAUUUUGGUCACUUGCUUCACAGAACACUAUCGUGUCACGAUGCCUUGAUUAACGACACUCCUGUUACGAUUUGUCCAGAAAAAUUUGUCGUCAUCAACAUUAGCGGAAAACGUUUUAAGACGUUUGAAGAGACAUUGGACUUUUUUCCAGAUACUCUACUGGGAAAUGCGUCAAAACGAGAAAAGUUUUUUAACAAAACGGCAGGAGAAUAUUUUUUUGACCGUCAUAGAAGAUCGUUCGCUGCAAUUCUUUAUUACUACCAAAGUCGGGGAUUGCUUGUUCAACCAAAUGCAGUACCUGUAAACAUAUUUUACAAAGAAUGUCUUUUUUUUCAAUUGCCUGACAACGUUGUUGAGAAACUUCAAAUUGAAACAGGGGUACUCGAUAGGGUAGAAACAAGACAAAUGCCAACCAUCGGUAUUUUUAAAAAGAUUUGGGAAGCAAUGGAGUACCCAGAUUCAUCCAAAUUUGCAAAAUUUCUAGCCAUUCCCUCUGUCAUUAUUAUAUUGGCAUCGAUAGUCAUAUUUUGCUUGGAAACUCUCCCCGACUUUAACCCCUUGGCUCCUCAACGUUCAGGAAAUAUCACAUCAUGUCCAGGAAGUAUAACAUCACACCCAGGAAACAUCACAUUAUGUCCAGGAAGUAUCAUAUCAUGUCCAAGAAAUGUUACAUCAUGUUCACAGAACGAUGAUCAUUUAAACCCUUAUGAAAAAUUCUGGUUUAUGAUAAACAGCAUCAUCAUUGCGUGGUUUACCGCUGAAUUCGUUGUCCGUCUUGUCGUUUGUCCAAACAAAGCAAGAUUUAUAGUCGCUCCACUUAAUAUCAUCGACAUACUUAGCAUUCUUCCAUAUUACGUUACGCUUUUAAUGAAAGAUCUCGGUGGAAGCAUUGAAGUGUUGCGUGUUGUCCGUGUUGUGCGCGUGUUUCGUGUAUUUAAAAUCUCGCGACAUUCACGUGGAUUACAGAUUCUUGGCGAUACUCUCCAAUCAUCUUUCAGAGAAUUGUUCAUGCUGGGGAUUUUCCUCGUCAUUUGCGUGACGAUAUGUGGAAGUUGCAUUUACUAUGCAGAGCUCGGACAAGAUUCUGGGUUUAAAAGUAUUCCUCAUUCCUUCUGGUGGGCCAUUAUUACUAUGACAACAGUUGGUUACGGUGAUGAAUAUCCCACAACAUUUCUUGGAAAGUUUGUCGGAGGUUUUUGUGUAAUUGCUGGGGUUCUAAGCAUCGCCCUUCCAGUUCCUGUGGUCGUUUCAAACUUUGAGCAAUUUUAUCGAAAGGAAUUAAACCGAAGGAGCCUGGAAAAGGACAAGAAGGACGUCGAAAAAAAGAAAGGAAAGAAAAAAAGAGAUCAAAACAACUCGAAAUUGAAGAAUGGGAGAAAAGAAAUGUGUUCGUGGCACACUUAUUUUUGUGAAUGUGAUAGCUUUGAUUUUGGGCCUUGGCGUGCUUUCCUUGGGAAUCUGGGUCCAAGUUGAGAAAGGAGAUUAUAUCGCUUUGGCGGACUCGAAAACAGGCCUCACGGGAUCUCUGCUGUUGAUAAUAAUUGGUGGCGCAACUGCGAUCAUUUCAAUAGUUGGUGCAUGUGGAGCCUAUUUUCGAAGCUCUUGUUUGUUAUGGACGUUCUUUGUUAUGCUAUUGGGGAUUGUGAUUGCAGAGCUCGUGGCUUUAGCUUUAGGCUUUAUUUACAGGGAUAAGGUUGAAGACGAAUUUCAUAAAGACCUGAGAAAGACAAUUCAA